GCUAUAAACUAAAGUUGCAAUUUAUCAAAGCACCAGCCACCAUUCAGUUUAGCUUUGUAUAUGCCGCGCUCGUAAUUUUUAAUUAAAAUACUGUGAUGGUGGGUUUCGCUUUAAAUUUCAUUCCUCUUCUGCUCUUUAGCACCGCAAGUGAAGCAAUUUCUGGUGGAAAUCCAGCGCAAUAUGGAUUUUUAAACGUUCCAAAACUUGAAUACCAAGUAUCCAUUUUGCAUUCUGGGAAUAGGAACUAUCCCUGUUGUGGUGGCGCGGUCAUUUCUAGCCGAUGGGUCAUCACAACUGCGUCUUGCGUUAAAACAACGGUCAGAGAUAUAAUAGAGCGGGUUUUACAUCCUGAUUAUAACUCUCAGUCUGGUUAUGCUAACAUUGGUCUUAUAAAGGUAUCUACCGACUUCUACUUUGAGGGCCACUAUACUAAACCAGUGGCUCUAACAAACAUUAAUAGUACCACACCAGGUCAGUUAGGUAUUGUGUCUGGUUUCGGCUCUAUUUAUCCUCUUUAUUACGUCGAACAACCAGAUUCUUAUAAGCUUAUGUACGCUAAAAUAGAAGUGAUUGAGCACUCCAAAUGCAAAGCAACUUUAAAGGGAUAUUAUAAUCUCAAUGAUGAUCAGUUCUGCGCCGGCCGCAUUGGAGCAGGGAUUUCUGCUUGCGACAGGGAUCUUGGUGGUCCGAUGGUCAUACAAGGCCCAGGGUCCGAUCAUCCAAAUACGAGGGGAAAACUCAUCGGAUUAGUAGCGCAUACGUUUUGCGCCCUCAACGGGUUUCCAACUCCCUUCACCAACGUUGGAUACUACAGGGAGUGGAUCCGUUCUGUUACCGGAGUUUAAAAAAUAUUCAUUGAAAAGCAACGAAACGCAGUAAGCGUGAAUUUAAUGGGAUUGUUAUUAACAUUUUCUAUUAGCAAAUCUGAAUAUUUUCUUGUGUCAUUUUGAUUCAAUGAAAAUGUUUAAAUAUUAUUGUUAUUUAAAUUAAUAAAAAAAAAUGAAGAUUUAUCAGGAUAAAAUGUUAAUUUUUUUAUAAUGUUCGGCUUUUGCUCGUUGCUUUUUUUCUGAAUAAUUCAAUGGGUUUUGUCAUUGAAUUAUAAAUAAAUACGCUCUCCAAUAAGCUUAUAAGGUUGGGCAUGCUUCAUAUAAAUAAAAAAAAUAAAUAAAUAAAGAACAUCAA